UACAGAAUCAUGCACCCACUGCGAUGUAGGAUAGGCGAUCGAAGUAUCGUCAACAUGCGCUCGCGUGACCCUGCACCCAUACUCUGCGUCAAGAUUGACUGCACAAACUCUCUAUUCGGUGCAGUACCCUCUAGGGCGAAGUAUACUAAUCAUCAAUGGAUCCUUGCGGGGCAUAAUAUUUGUUUUGUAAUCAUGCACACAAAACCCCAAGGCUGCCUUUGCUUGCACGGCUCGAGAGAGAACCUAUCGCGCUGCCAGACACAGUCACGAAUUCACACCAAAGGAGUUUUCACCACGCAAGAUGACUACCACGAAGCUCGAAACGCAACCUUCAAACCCACUUCCAUUCUGUGGGGACCCUCCAGAGGCCAACGGUCUAUACCAGCGAUUUUCACGAUUCCGCUCUUUUGUGCCUUCGAAACACUUCCCCGCGGAGAAGGAUCGCUAUGUAUUAUAUAUCAACUACACCUGUCCUUGGUGUCAUCGCGCAGUGAUUGUUCAUGCUUUGAAGGGCCUGGCAAAUGUAGUGCAGGUUGUCGAGGUUGACGGGCGUGAUCCGACGCAUGGUUGGUUCUUUGGCGGCGCCCGGGGCCCUUCUCGGGAUCCUAUUCACGGCUUCAAGUGGUUAAGGGAGUUCUAUUCGAUGGCUGACCCUCAGUACAUCGGAAGAAUAACUGUUCCUAUGCUCUGGGACAAGAAAAAUCGCACCGUUGUCAAUAAUGAAAGCAGCGAAAUUACGCGUAUACUCAUUGAUGGCUUCGAUCAGUUCCUACCCGCCGAACGUCAAGAAGCAAACAAGGGUGCUUCUGCCCUUAUUCCAAGUAAUCUCCGAAAUGACAUAGACCAGCUGAACGCUUGGGUAUAUGACAAUAUAAACAAUGGUGUCUAUAAGGUUGGGUUUGCAACGACACAAAUGGCGUAUAAUGAGCACGUUGUACGGCUGUUCCAAGCUCUCGACAAGCUGGAACAACACCUCACGCAGACUAAUCACCAACCUUUCCUCUUCGGUAACCAUAUCACCGAGGCCGACAUUCGUCUCUACACUACGCUGAUCCGCUUCGAUGUGGCAUACUACACCAUGUUCAAAUGCAAUCUCAAGAUGAUCCGCACUGACUACCCACGUCUACAUCACUGGCUCCGGACACUUUACUGGAGCGAAUGCCCCGAGACUGGGGGAGGGGUGUUCAAAAGGACUACCUUGUUUGAUGUUAUCAAACGGGGGUAUUCGUCCAUUACGGCUGGAAACGGGAUUGUACCUAUCGGGCCCAUGCCCAACAUCAUGCUGCUGUGAAGUGGCGUCAGCAGAACCUACGUUUUUUGUUCAUAUACCUGUUCCUAGCAGGAGUAUGGCGUCCUUGGUCGAUUGCGUCUCGAUUUUCUACCAUCAAUCGCAGAGUCGUCCUUUUGGCUCCCACCAUGUCGAUACCGAACGCUACGUUAUAAUCAACGUGUAGUACUGAUUCCACCACUUAUGCUGAAGUUCCAAGGUCCUGC